AGAAAUUGCAAAAUAUAAGUGAAGUGAAUGAAAGAGAGUCGUUGCGAAGACACAGUCAGUCAUCAUCGUCAUCAUCAGAGGGUCACAGUAAACACAGAUCUGUGAUGUCAAUGGGAUAAGAGAAACAAUAACACUUAUUCAUCAAGCAGAACUACUAAAUAUGCCAUAAGGAACAGCCUCACUAACAUCCCACAGAGCCCACAGCAAGUCACGCUCCCAGAGGAUAAACGUGCCUCAGGAUGGAAAAUGAUACGCGAUGUGACUCUCAAACAUCAAACAGCAGACAUGACAACCUACCAGACAAGAGUGAUGGACCAGCCAGCAACUCACCCAAGCAAGGGAGUGAGGAGGAGGAGGAGGAGGCUGCUCAGAAGAGUCAGCCAAACAACAUUAGCUCAGUAAAUACAGGAGAAAGUGAGACAGACUCAGGUAGUGUGUGGAACACCAAACAAGGAGUGGAAGAAGUGGGUGUUUCAUCACUACCAGACAUUGAUGACUCAUCAAACCAAGAUAGCACAGUCAGAAGGCGGAAGGGCAAAUCUGAAAAUGACAUCUCAGAACUGAGAAACCGCACCAAUAAACCGCGUGACACCUUCACGGAGUCGUACGACACCCACACAGCUGAACCGGAUCCAAACUCUCCAGAAGGAGUCAAGAAACGGGAAAAGAUCAAGAAGAUUCAGGAAGUGUUGUCAUCUGAACCACUGGACUUGGAGACGCUGAAGGAGUUAGCCAUAAGUUCUGGAGGACUUCUGGAUGAUGGUCUUCGAAAGGAGGCAUGGCCACUCCUGAUGGGAAUGGGCCAAGAGGACCCAGAGAUAAAGAAACCAACACUGGAGGUGGUGCAAGGCCACCGUGACUACCAGCAAGUGGUGCUGGAUGUGAAGCGAACCCUCAAGCGCUUCCCACCAGGCAUUGAAGACUCACGCCGCCUUGUGCUGAUGGACCAACUGACAGUGCUCAUUAUUAGGGUGCUCAUGAGGCAUCCAGACCUUUACUACUACCAGGGUUAUCAUGACGUUGCCAUCACCUUCCUGUUGGUGACAGGGGAGGACAUGGGCUUCCGGUUAGUGGAGAAACUGUCUGUGACCCACCUAAGGGAUUUUAUGCGCCCCACCAUGGAGAAGACCAACUACUACCUCACUUACCUCUACCCCAUCCUUGAAAAUGCUAACCAGCCACUCUAUGAGUGCCUUGAAAAGUCUGGGGUGGGGACUGUCUUCUGCCUGCCCUGGCUCAUCACUUGGUUCGCCCACACGCUGUCUGAUUACCGGCAUGUUGUGAGGCUGUAUGACUUUUUCUUGGCCUCACCUGACCUCAUGCCAAUGUACAUUGCCACAGCCAUUGUCCUGCAAAAAGAGAAAGAGCUUAUGGCUGAUAAUGAAGGGGAGGUCUCCUCAGUCUUUGCCAUCCUGUCUAAGGACCCGGACAACUUGCCCUUUGAGGACAUCCUGGUAAAGGCGAGGGAGCUUUAUGAGAAGUACCCGCCAGAUCCCCUCACUGAGCGUGUGGAGAAAAUCAUAGCUAGAAGGGAGGAAGAAGAAAAGAAAGAAAGACAACGCAUAGAAGAGAUGCGCAAGAAGGGUGAUAUGUAUUGGAAGAAAAAGAAUAGAGGGAUGAUGAACAGGAUUUUCACUUACCUCCCCAUCCCCAUCCAACUGAUGGUUCCUGCACGGUCAGGGAAGCUCAUCAAGUUGGCUCUCUUCACGUUCUCCGUCAUCCUUGCCCGCAGCCUCUACAAGCAGUACUACACCUCUGCCAUUGAGUACCCCUCCGUCCCAGAAUGAUAACGUCUGGCAAGCUUGGUUGGUGCACCAGUUAUGUAUCACUCAAGAUUCUUCCUUCUUACUGGCCAGGAUUGUCUUUCUUCCCCUCUUGCAUUUACUUUCCAGCUUUUCUUUGCUGUCUGUCUUUAAUGAUCCUGUGCCCAUGACCACCAAUGUAGUUGUUUUCAAGUCUUAGAGAUCCCAUUUAUUCCUGUCAGCUUGUAAACUCAGUAACUGAAAUUAAAAAUGUUUAGUGAUAAUCUUCAUGUUAUGUUUAAUAAUGAAGGGUUAUUAGUAAAACAGUUUUCAUUCAGACAGUGAGGUACUUAAUCAGUGGGAUUAUAAGGGGACCUCAAACAGCUUGAAAAAGUGAACCAAGUACUGUGAGGAGUGGUCUUGUAUGAUAAAGGAUAGCAGGUUGCAGUGUAAAGCUGUGUGCACCAUUACGGAGUAUAGGUUGCUGCUAGAUUUCAAAUUUAUCUGGUCUUUUCAAUGCUAAGGGAAAAGACAUGUGAUAAUUAGUGCAUCUCAGACCAAAAUAUUAUUUAGAUGGAUGAUUUUGAGAACCUAGUGUAUGAAGUGUAAAUAUUAAUCUUUGGAAGCCAAA